AAUAAAAACAAACUAUAAUCACCAUUUCAUUUGCAUAUCAAAAACCAUGGCAAAAAAUUCUAAAUUAUGUUUUAUCAUUUUUUGCACUACACUUUUGUUAUUUGUCCCAAUUUUAUUUGCUGCACCAAAUACCCCUGUUCCUCCCUCUGUUAUUUGCAAAUCAACUCCUUAUCCUUCUUUUUGUAAAUCCUCUGUUCUUCCACCUUCAGAGUCCCCAAAUAACGAAAAUGUAUACAGCUACGGUCGAAAAUCGAUCCGGAAAUCGCUCUCUUCAGCUCGUAAAUUCGUCUCGUUAAUCGAAAAAUAUCUUCGUAAAUCGAAACAAUUAACAAUUACCGCUGUCCGUGCACUAGAAGAUUGUCAAUUUCUGGCAGGACUCAACAUGGAUUAUUUAUCAAGCUCUUUAAAAACAGUAAACGCUACGUCGAAUAUUCUCCCUGUUUUACAAGCUGAUGAUGUUCAAACUCUGUUAAGCGCGAUAUUGACGAAUACACAAACAUGUUUAGAUGGAUUACAAGAGACAUCGUCUGCUUGGAGUUUGAGAAAUGGGUUAGUUGCUCCACUUUCUAAUGAUACCAAGCUUUUUAGCGUCUCUUUAGCUCUUUUCACUAAAGGAUGGGUACCAAAAAAGAAGAAUAAAUCUAAAUUUCAUCGUGUUAGAAAAAAUAUAUUCAAAAACGGACGAUUGCCGCUGAAAAUGUCUCAACGGAAUCAAGCGAUUUUCGAGAGAGUAGGAAGGAGGAAACUGCUGCAAGAAGAUGAACAGAUUGUUGUGAGUGACAUUGUGGUUGUGAGUCAGGACGGAAGUGGGAAUUUUUCGACGAUUAAUGAUGCUGUUGCUGCUGCUCCAAAUAAUACGAAAGCUGAGUCUGGUUACUUUCUUAUUUACAUCACACAAGGUGUGUACGAAGAGUAUGUUUCGAUCGCGAAGAACAAAAAAUAUUUGAUGAUGAUUGGCGAUGGAACGAAUCAAACGAUUAUUACUGGCAAUCAUAGCUUUGUUGAUGGAUGGACGACAUUCAACUCUUCCACAUUUUCUGUGGUUGGUCAAGGAUUCGUGGCGGUUAACAUAACAUUCCAAAACACAGCAGGAGCAAUCAAGCAUCAAGCAGUUGCAGUUCGAAAUGGUGCUGAUUUAUCAACAUUCUACAGCUGUAGUUUCGAGGCAUAUCAGGACACCCUAUACGUACAUUCUCUAAGACAAUUUUACAGAGAAUGCGACAUAUAUGGAACAGUUGAUUUUAUAUUUGGAAACGCUGCUGCGCUAUUCCAAAACUGCAAUAUGUACCCGCGACUCCCUAUGGUUAAUCAAUUCAACGCGAUAACAGCUCAGGGAAGAACAGACAUAAACCAAAACACCGGAAUUUCAAUACAAAAUUGCACAAUUAGACCUGCAGAUGAUUUAGCAUUGAGCAACGGUACCACGAAAACGUAUCUUGGUAGGCCAUGGAAAGAGUACUCUAGGACGAUAUAUAUGCAAUCUUAUUUAGACGGAUUUAUUCAUCCUACGGGAUGGCACGAUUGGUCUGGAGAUUUCGCGCUAAAUACGUCAUAUUAUGCAGAGUUUAAUAAUACAGGAGCAGGAUCAAAUACUACAGGCAGAGUUACAUGGCCUGCAAUUCAAAUUUUGAAUGCUACUGAUGCUGCUAAUUUUACAUUAUCGAAUUUUCUAGUGGGAGAUGAUUGGUUGCCACAGACUGGUGUGCCAUAUUUUAAUAGUUUAUUGUAACUACCAUAAUUUAUUAGUUUUUGUUCUAUUGAUUUCAUUAUUAUAUGAAUUGAUCAAAGUAAAUUAAUAAGCAGGAUUGUUAACAGAGAAAGAACUGUUUUGUAGUCCAAAAGUUAUAUGUGAAUUCAUUUAUUUAAUCUA